CCCUGUCUUGACCGCUUUGGAGGCUUGUGCCGCUUAAAGAGAUAGUAACGCAUUGCUGGCGGGAGGAAAUAAUGAGUCAUUUCUGCUCGCAUGCAUCACAUGUUAGAGCUUUGUUGUAACGAUUUUUUGUUGGCCAAGGCCGCAGUCCCCAUAGAAACAGAACGCUUGAUUGGCUAGGGUACCCCAUCCUGGUCACUGUUGGUACUGUUCGUGUUGCACAUCUUCCUGGUGAGAGAGGAGAGAGGAGAGAGGAGAGAGGAGAGAGGAGACAACAAAGCCACAGCACAAUGAAUCAUUGGCUACUGCUUGUGGUUACAAAUAGGGCGUGUCUGCGGGGUUAAAUCCUACCGCCCCUCCGUCCCUUGGGGACAACUCUAGGUCAAAUAUCUCCUCUAACCUCAACACCUUCUAGCUACGAAAGACCGCAGCGCGCACCUGAAGCAGUUUAAUGAUUGGUAAAAUGGCUACAGUCGGUGCAGACCCUGUCAUACACGUCGAUGUUGACGACGAUCAAGACUCAGCGGUCGAAGAUGACAAUACGUCAUCAACUGCUAGUGUGACCAGCUCUAUCCUCAAUUAUCGAUUCGAAAACGGGAGAACAUACCACGGGUACAAGGACGGAAAGUACUAUAUGCCCAAUGACGAAACAGAAAACGACAGACUAGACUUGCAGCACAAUCUGUUCCUCCUGACUUUUGCUAACAAGCUUGGUCUCUCCCCGCCGAACCUUCCAGACUUCAAGACUGGCCGAGUUCUGGACCUGGGUACCGGUACAGGCAUUUGGGCGAUCGACUUUGCUGACGAACAUCCCGAGGCCGAGGUGAUAGGGGUCGAUCUGUCUCCUACCCAACCGGAAUUCGUGCCUCCGAAUGUAAAGUUCGAGAUUGACGAUAUCGACGAGGAAUGGACUUAUUCUCUGCCAUUUGAUUAUAUUCACAGCAGAAUGAUGAACGUCUCAGUCAAGAACUGGCCAGAGUAUUUACGCAAGAUUUUCAAAAACCUUGCUCCGGGCGGUUACGCUGAGCUCCAGGACGUCGAUGUAAUGAUGCAAUCAGAUGAUAACACACUUACCCAAGAUCAUGCUCUUUGGAAAUGGGGCGAUUUUCUGUCUAAAGCUGGACAGGAGCACGGAACUCCUUUCAUCGAGACUAAGCGACUGAAACACCUUAUGACCGAUAUCGGGUUCGUCAAUGUCAAGGAGACGCAAUUCAAAUGGCCGUCAAAUCGCUGGCCCAAGGAGAAAAGAUUUAAGGACCUUGGAGAGUGGAGCAACCUAAACACAAUUAACCUUCUUAACGGACUUUCAAUGGCUUUGUUUACAAGAUGCCUUGGCUGGACCCCUGAGGAGGUUAAUGUUUUCCUAGUUGAUGUCAGGAAGGAUUUAAACAAUCCGAAAAUCCAUGCCUACUGGUCAAUCCGUUCAGUUUACGGAAGGAAGCCUGAAGCUUAAGAAUUGUGCGUAAGCGGAUAGAGCUCUCUGGCGAUGUAUAUGGAAAAGGCGGUAUUGUUACUUUAUAUAUAGCUAUGGCAUUCCCUCUCUCUUAAUAUUAUUAACUUGAUUCUUUAAGCUAA